CUCUCUCUCUCUGCCUUUACCUUUUGAUCAGUCCUAUGAAACAGUAGAAAGAGAAGAGCAAAAAAGAAAGGACAAUGCCACCACAUCCAACUUGAUAUUAGUUUUGGAGUUUCUUUAUCAACCCAAUCCCAGAGAUUUAAAUUCCAAGUAGAUCACUCUUUUUCCCUUUUCCCUCCUCCUGAGCCUUUUCCCUCUUUUUGCACCUGCCCUUGCUUGCCAUUUCCAACUAUCCAAUGCCUCCUUUCUCAAGUUUGCUCAUAUUCCUUACCUUCUUCUUCCCAAGGAAGCUCAGAUUCUUCACCUUGUAUUAUUUAUAUAAUAAAUGGAGGAGAAACUGAUAAAUUUCUCCUCUGCAACACCACCAUUGCGUUUCAGAGACCUUGGCUAUUGUACCUUUGUUUCAAACAACAACGGAAAACACAAGAAAUCCAGACACAAGAUCGUAGAAGCAGCUUGGAGAGAUGGGCGCUACAGUUCUUCAUCGUUUCAUUUUCUUCCUCUUGUGCCUUUACCCCUGUUCAGGGUCAAGUGUUGCAGGGAUACCUCCUGCAGAAGCAAUUAAGCAAAUCAAUCAAGAAAACAGGAUAUUAUUCUCAUUUUCGGAUUUCACCUCUCAACUGGAUUCUAUUCCCAUUAUCAACCCUUCAACUCCAACUACAACAACUCCCAUCGUUAAUCCAUACACAACCCCACCAGCACCCGUUUAUACAGAUCCAAACACGACUCCGACCACGCCAACCACGACUCCAACCACGCCAACCACGACUCCUACCACGCCAACCACGACUCCAACCACGCCAACCACGACUCCAACCACUCCAACCACGACUCCAACCACGCCAACCACGACUCCAACCUCUCCAACCACAACAACCCCUGCAGCAUCAACUGGAUCUUGGUGUAUUGCUAGUCCAGCUGCUUCAGAAACAGCUCUACAAGUAGCUAUUGACUAUGCCUGUGGCUAUGGAGGUGCAGACUGUUCAGCAAUUCAAUCAAGUGGAAGUUGCUACAACCCAAACACUCUUCGUGACCAUGCUUCUUAUGCCUUCAAUGACUACUACCAGAAGAACCCAGCUCCCACUAGCUGUGUCUUUGGAGGAACAGCGCAACUUUCCUACACUGACCCAAGUUCAGCAAAUUGUCGCUAUGCAGCAACCAGCGCAAGUGCAACAGUUACUCCAGUUACCCCGGCUACCCCAGCUACCCCGAUGACCCCUACUGGAUCAACCCCAACCGACAUCCCUUCUGGAUCAACAGUUUAUGGUUCAGAACCAACAGCAACCCCCACCCUCAGCUUGGCAGUCUCCAUGUCAUCUAGCUCACUGCUUCUCUUCACUGCAACUUGUCUCCUAGUGUUGCUCCUUACUGCAAACUAUGUCUAAACAGCUAAUAAUCAAGUUCAGUAAUUGUCUCUGCAAUGAGAUGACAAUGUCGCUGCCCUGCACAAUGUAUGAAGUUCUAAAGAGGCAUUGUUAUUUGAUGAUGCAUUACGUAUCACAUGGCCACUUUCUCACCAUAAGAUCAUUGCUAUUCUUGAGCAUUUAUGUAAGACUUAUACAGGAUUAUGAACCCCCAGGAAGUGAAGAAGAGCAAUGUAAUCUGAUGGUUCUUGUAGUGCUAGCCUGGUAGACACAUUAAAACAGCUGCUUUCUCAGCAGUACUGUUAGCACAAUAAGUUUUAGACAAGCGUAUGUGUUUUAGGACUCUUUUCUAGUGAAGAUACAUGUAUUUGGAUUCAGCUAGCCCUCAAUGGUUCAUGUAGUGAUAGCUUGCUAGACACGUUAAUACAAUUGCUUCCCCUGCAUACUAGAACAAUAAAUUUUUAGACAAA